AUGGACUCCUCUACUCGAGAAUCCUCUAGUUCUGCUAUAGACUUGACUGGAACACCCGCAGGCUUCGGCAGUUCUCGUCCUAGUUCUCCUUCGCUCGUCCCGUCUGAAAGUCGCGGAAGCUACACACGCCGACGGACGAGUCGUGGGUUUGUAGACGUUGGGGAGGACCCAUUACGCUUUGACGUGCCUGUAGAGGCACCUCGGGCACCGAAAACAAACUGGAUGUUGGACGACGACCCGUUCGCCUCGCCAACUGAAGAAGACUACGUGAAUGAUUUGCCGUACAGACCGCCGCGUUCGCGGUACCAGGACACAACAGGCGCUUUCCCUACCGCUCAGGUGGGCCCGUCCUCCGUUUCACUGAUCUCGGAGUUUCGCGGCUCGGUUGAUGGACAAAGGGAAGACGACGAAGCGAGGCUAACCAGCAACAUGUCGCGGGCAGGCAUGGCCAGCGGGUGGAGUUCCUCUGGGGGGUCAGACCCUGAACUGUCUGGCGCAGGAUCUAGUGCGAGACGACGGAAGGUCCGGUACAGCACGUCUCCGUCACCUUUCAAGAAGUCGGGUUACACGCUGAAGGCGAUGUCGCGCAGCCUCAGGCGCGCCUCGAUACGUGUCGUGAACUUUGCUGGCUUUGGGCUGGAGGAGCACGUGCGGUUGGCAGAAGUGAGUGACGAUUCAGAAGAUACCCUUACUGGCAAGGCGGAGGCAGGGGAGGACGAUGUCGAUGAGGAGGAUGCGGCACUCCCUGAUUUGUCAAAAAGCCUUCCCAUUCGGGGUCGGACUCUGGGCUGCUUGGGGCCGACGAGCCGGAUCCGGAUGGCAAUGUAUCGUCUACUCGUUUGGCCAUGGACGGAACCAAUCAUUUUGCUACUUAUCAUCUUCAACGCGGUCGUGCUGACGAUACAAGCCCACCGGUCACUUGCGCUUGCAGCGGAUGGCAGCCAGAACCCACCUCAAACCAAAGGUUACUUCCACGCAUGGGAGGACUACACUUUGUUUUCAUUGUUUUGCUUCUUUACCCUAGAAGCGUUCGCACGCAUAGCUGUUUCUGGAUUCCUGUUCGACCCCGAGAUCCCUACCUCGUCGCUGCUUUCUUCAUUCUCUUUCUCAGCACACCGUCUUCAAUACCUGCUCACGAAUCUGGCUCGCCCGUUCACUUUACGACACAGUACGAUGUCUCUUCCUCGUGAGCCGCCUCCAGUUUCGUCCUCGUCGCACACACAAAGGAGUCCAUCCCAUGCACGCUCCGACACUGUGCAGAGCCGGACACCGAUGAUGGACAAGGCGUUUUCGAAACUCCAAGACAUGCACUCGCACAUACGCAACCCAUCUGAGCCAACCAUAUUCUCGACCGCCCUGCGCUCUGACAAUCCGGAUGUACUCGCGCUCCCCUUCCGCUUGAGCAUCGCACAUGCACGCGUGCAGACACAACGAAAUGUCCCAUACUUACGACACAGCUGGAGCAGGAUCGACUUUGUCGCCAUCGUGGGCUUCUGGGUCUCAUUUGUCCUCGCGACUGCGGGUGCAGAGCGUGGAACGUACCACAUCGGUAUCUUUCGAGCUCUGAGUGUUUUAAGAACUGCUAGACUACUUGCCAUCACGUCUGGUACGACAACAAUCAUGCGAUCGUUGAAAACGGCACGGCCCCUGCUAGCGAGCGUCGCAUAUUUCGUCUUCUAUGCUAUGAUUCUCUUCUCCAUCAUCGGCAUCCAGGCUUUCAAAGGCUCAUAUUUACGCUCAUGCAAUGUCUUACCGACCUUGGGCGAGAGCCUCACAGACACCGGUCAAAAUUGUGGAGGGUACAUCAACUCUACAACGCUACAAGUGAUGGGCUAUCUGAAACAAGACGGGACCAUCGCUCCCGUUAUCGACGACAAUGACGAAGGAUGGACCCUGGUGGACGGCCGACGCGCUGCCAGGCGCACUCGUAUCAAGCAAGUAUACGAGAGUAUCCGCUGGUGUUGGGUUGCGCUGGCACUUACUUCGCUCGUCUUGCAAGCUACGCGUACGGUCGAGAUGGGGGAUGCGCAUGCGACGAUCCUGGACCUUGGCGAACUUGUCUUGACUGUUGCAUUCGACAUCGAAAUCGUCGUCCGCAUAGUUGCCGAGCUGCCGGACUGGCGAGCGUUCUUCGUCCGAGGACAGAACCUGCUCGACUUGGUACUAGCAAUCGGGUCAACCGUCAUACAGAUACCGGACAUUCAUAACUCGGACGUCUAUCCCUGGCUGACGGCGUUCCAGCUGACGAGGUUCUAUCGAGUGAUACUAGAGAUACCGAGGAUGAAGCCAUUGUUGCUCGCAGUGUUCGGUAACAUGUAUGGCCUGGCGAACAUGUCGCUGUUCCUGAUCAUACUGAACUUCGUAGCGGCGCUAGUUGGCGUUCAACUACUGAGGGGAGACAUAGCACGGGGCCAAUUCAUCGACUACGGCCAAAUCUACAAUUCCUUCCUGGCUGCGUAUCAAUUGUUCUCGUCGGAGAACUGGACCAACGUGCUCUACGGCGUGGGCCCGCCAGAGAUACCUCUCCGGCAAGCACCUGUUGUAAUCUUGUAUCUUACUGGAUGGUUUUCGCUGGCCAAUUUCAUCGUCUUGCAGAUGUUCAUUGCUGUUAUAAACGAGAACUUCGAGAUCGCCGAGGAGUCAAAGAGGAGUCAACAGGCUUCACAUUAUUGGGCGUCACAUCAACCACACGAGACACAAAUACCCUGGCUUCGGAGACUGAACCCGUAUAUGUGGUUGAAGGCUCAGCCAAAGGCUAUCGCGGUCGAGCAGCUUCCAUCGAGUCUUGUGUUACCUAUGCAGAAGACGCUUGUUGAGGAUUUCGGUCUCCCUAAAGGCGGUGCGUUGAAUAGUGAUACUUCAGGGAAAGCAAACCCGCCUCGUCUAGGUUCUGCGAGGUCGUACAUUCGGAGACUGCAGCAGUUGUUUUCUGGCGCAUCUGACGUCGAUCAGAUGCCAAUGGCACCGAUCAGGAAGCGCGAUUCGUCGAUACCUCAAGAUCCCAUUGAUGAGGAAACUGAACGUUACCUAGAGGUCAUAGCGGCCUUGAAUUCCGAUACCGCAGCCGCGGAAGACGUGUCAGAUGUUCUCUACGAACGUCGCGCUCAGCAGGCAGACUUCAUUCGUGAUCACCCAACCUAUGACAAGACUUUCUGGAUAUUCUCUCAGAAGAACCUACUACGACGUCUCUGCCAGAAAGUCGUUGCUCCUGCGGGGGGAGAGCGGAUCUUCGGCUCCCGUCAUUCGCCCAUCGCCCAUACACUCUUUCAGCUCGUUCUCCUACUUGCAGUUGUGGGAGGCAUAGUCGUUGAGAGCAUUGCGACUCCCAUUUACCGUCGGAAUUACUACCUCGAGCAUGGCCUUAUCCGAGGCACCUGGUUUGACAACGCGGAGGCGAUAUUCGGUCUGGUCUUGUUCUUGGAGUUCAUUAUCAAGAUCAUUGCUGACGGCCUGGUGUUCACUCCCAACGCGUACAUCCGGAGUAUCUGGAACAUUCUCGACUUCCUGAUCAUGGCUGGUGUAGUCGUUAACUUGACGACCGGCCUUAUCUUUAUUGGGGGCAUCAGCCGCCUGACGAGAUCGCUAAAGGCAUUACGCGCUCUCCGGCUCAUCACUCUCAUCGACAUCAUGCGUUCUACGUUCGAGUCGCUCAUCAUCUCUGGAGUCACUCGUAUCCUUGAUGCCUGUCUCUUGGCCAUAUUGUACAUGAUACCAUACGCCGUCUGGGGCCUCAACAUCUUCAAUGGGCUCAUGAAGGAAUGCAACGACACCAGCGUGAAUGACGUCGGCCAGUGUGUCGACGAAUACAGCAAUACAAUCUACGGCAACUCUUUUGGUUUCUUAGUACCCAGAGUAUGGGCCGAUCCACAUCCAUCCACGACAUUCUCAUUCGACAGCUUCCGGACGUCUUUAUUGAUUCUCUUCGAGAUCGUCUCUCUGGAAGGAUGGAUUGAUGUUACGACAGUAGCAGUUAGUCUUCUUGGGCCGGGUCAACAGCCACAGAUGAAUGCCUCCCAAUUCAACUCAAUCUUCUUCCUGAUUUAUAAUCUCAUGGGUGCUGUCAUCAUCCUGACUCUGUUUGUCAGUAUUAUCAUUGGCAACUUCACCUCGAAGACCGGUUCAGCUCUCCUGACGCAACCACAGCGUGAGUGGAUCGACCUCCAAAAGCUGAUCAAGCGCCAACGACCCUCGAAACGGCCGCCAAGGCCCGAUUGGCCUAUACGAGCGUGGUGUUAUGAUCGUGCCGUCCAUAAGCACGGUUGGUGGCAUCGCAUGAUGACCAUAAUCUUCACGCUACACGUUAUCGCGUUGAUGACGCAGACAUUGGGCACUACAUCAGUUGCUGACCAUGUCCGGGACGAUCUGUUCCUCAUCGUCACUAUGAUUUACUCAAUCGAUACUAUAAUGCGCCUGUUUGGUCUCGGGUGGCAAAGCUUCAAUGCCAAUGGGUGGAACCUCUUCGACGUCAUUGUCGCUGGUGGUAGCCUCUUCACGACAUUCAUAGUGCAGUUCCGCUCGACAGGCUUCGUGGAGGAAACACUUCAAAAAUUGUUCAUAACCUCUAUCGCAUUCAAAUUAGUCCAACGGACAAAUAGUCUCAACAAAUUCUUCAAAACAGCUGUGUACGUGGCGCUUUCUGCACACGAUGCCGAGGACUAA